AUGGCAAAGCACGGAGCUCUAUUGGUUUCUUGUGCUUUCUCCACUAUUCUCAUACUCUCUGUGAGCUUACCGUGUAGAGCCAUUGAUCAGGAAGAUAGAAAGACAUACAUUGUCUACUUGGGAUCACUUCCUAAGGAUGAGUUAUUCUCGCCGUUGUCUCACCACAUUGACAUUCUCGAAAGCGUCGUGGAGAGCAGCUCUGCUUCAAAUCUAUUGGUAAGAACCUACAAAAGGAGCUUCAACGGAUUUGCUGCCAAGCUCACUGAGCAAGAAAGAGAAAGGCUUGCUAACAUGAAGGAAGUUGUCUCUGUGUUUCCAAGCACGAGUUACAAACCCCAAACAACAAGAUCUUGGGACUUUAUCGGGUUCAAUGAGAAUAUCAAACGAAACCGUACUGUCGAGAGUGAUGUCAUUAUUGGUGUGAUCGACAGUGGAAUCUGGCCUGAAUCGGAGAGCUUUAAAGACAAAGGUUUUGGUCCUGCUCCCAAGAAGUGGAAAGGUGCUUGUCAAGGAGGCAAAAAUUUCACUUGCAACAACAAGAUCAUUGGAGCUCGAUUUUACACUAAUUCCACGGCCAGAGAUGAUGUUGGUCAUGGAACUCAUACUGCCUCAACUGCAGCAGGGAACCCCGUAAAGGGUGUGAGCUUUUAUGGAAUAGCACAAGGCACCGCAAGAGGAGGCGUUCCCUUAGCUAGAAUUGCUACAUACAAAGUUUGCGGUUCUAACGGGUGCAAUACAGAUGGGCUCUUGGCUGCUUUUGAUGACGCCAUCGCCGAUGGAGUUGACAUCAUUACAAUUUCAGUUGGAACCGAUUUUACACCUCCUUUCGAGCAGGAUCCUAUUGCAAUCGGUGCUUUUCAUGCAAUGGAGAAAGGGAUACUUACCUUGCAUUCUGCAGGCAAUAACGGCCCUCAAGAGGGUUCUGUAUCAAGUGUAGCACCAUGGAUUCUUACAGUUGCAGCAAGUAGCACAGAUCGUCGGAUAAUUGACAAGGCUGUUCUUGGAAAUGGAAGGACGCUUGUCGGAAAUUCAGUGAAUGCUUUCAAAUUAAAUGGAACAAGUUUUCCGUUGAUAGAAGGAAAAAAUGCGUCAAGUCAAUGCUCGGAUUGUAAAGCAGCCUGCCUAGACCCUGAAUUAGUUAAGGGAAAGAUUGUGGUAUGUCUUCGUGAGGGUGGCAGUAUUGUGGCUCAUCAAGUCGGUGCAAUAGGUGCAAUUACAAUCAGUUCUGCACCUGAUGUUUCUUUCAUUGUCCCACUACCCGCAGCAACUAUUAACGUUGAAGAUUAUUUAAUUCUCGUUUCCUACCUCAACUCCACAGCCAAACCUCGGGCGAACAUACUGAAAAGUGAAGCCAUAAAAGAUCUUGCUGCACCUAUUGUUGCUUCCUUCUCUUCGCGGGGGCCUAAUUUUAUUCUACCUGAAAUUAUCAAGCCAGAUAUAACAGCCCCGGGGGUUGAUAUUUUGGCUGCAUUUUCACCUGUCGUUGGUGUCACAGGUUCCCCUAAAGACAAAAGGCAUGUAAAAUACAGCUUACUAUCUGGAACCUCCAUGGCUUGCCCCCAUGCUGCUGGUGCUGCUGCAUAUAUAAGAACAUUCCACCCAGAUUGGUCUCCGGCAGCCAUCAAAUCAUCUCUUAUGACUACAGCUUGGCUCAUGAAUAAUACUGACUAUUAUUAUCCUGGUGAAUUUGCUUAUGGUUCUGGACAUAUCAAUCCUCUCAAGGCUGUUGAUCCUGGGCUUGUGUUCGAAACUUCUAGAGGCGAUUACAUAAAGUUGCUCUGCUCAAUCUUGGAUGAGGCCAAAGUUAUACUUAUAUCAGGAGAUAACAGCACCUGUCCUACAGGCUCUGAGAAAGGAUCAUCAAAGGAUCUCAAUUAUCCUUCAAUAGCUGCUAAUGUUACACCAAUGGAAUCAUUUGCGAUUAAAUUCAGCAGAACAGUUAAAAAUGUUGGCCUCACAAACUCUACUUUCAAGGCUAAAAUCCUCACAAAUUCGAAGGCAAGAUUCCUACCAACUACGGAAGUUGACAUCAAAGUGACUCCUGAAGUUCUUUCGUUCAAGUCCUUGAAUGAGGAGAAGGCUUUUACUGUGACCGUUGUUGGAAAAGAUUUUCCGAGCGGAUCACAUCUGUCUGCGUCACUGGUUUGGUCCGAUGGAACUCAUACUGUUAGAAGUCCAGUUAUUGUACGCAGUGUACAGAGUGUCAGAAUUUAA